GCGUGCGUGCGUGCGUCGCGGCGUGCGUGCGUGCGUGCGUGCCGUGAGCUCGCCGGGCACCGCGGCCUCGCCCUCGCCCUCCGCCCCUGCGCCCGCAGCGCGUCGGCCGCCCCCGCCCCGCCCGCCGCCCCCCGCCGCGCCCGGCCCGCGCCCCCGCCGCGCCCCCGCCGCGCCCCGCUCUGUCGCUCUCCCGGGGGGCGCGGCCUUGGCGCUCGCGGCGCAGGUGACCUCUCGGGUCUGCUGGCCGGAGGUGCCCGCCGACGACCAUGGCGAAGGUGGAGCAGGUCUUGAGCCUCGAGCCGCAGCACGAGCUCAAAUUCCGAGGGCCCUUCACCGAUGUCGUCACCACCAACCUGAAGCUUGGCAACCCGACAGACCGGAACGUGUGCUUUAAAGUGAAGACGACGGCCCCGCGCAGGUACUGCGUGAGGCCCAACAGCGGGAUCAUUGACGCAGGGGCCUCCAUUAACGUGUCUGUGAUGUUACAGCCUUUCGAUUAUGACCCCAAUGAGAAAAGUAAGCACAAGUUUAUGGUUCAGUCUAUGUUUGCUCCAACUGACACUUCUGAUAUGGAAGCAGUA